UACUAUGAGAGAAUGAGCUGCUCGGUGAAGAUCUCGUGUGGCAAGGGCUGGAGUGGAUCGCAGCGGAGGAUCAACUCUCUGGCGGAGGAGACUACCUGCAUCGUAGCCGGUAGUGCCAGUUGUUUGUCUAUACAACAAGGCGGCGGUGUAACGUCAACGACGGCCGCCACAACGAAUACCCUCAUCCCGGGGACGGUGUCCAGCCAGAGGAUCGGGCCGCCGCGUCCCGUCAGGUCGAUCGCCGCUAAAAAAGGGGAGGAUACCACGAAACUGCUCAAGUACAUCGAGGAUAACGUCAUCGGCAAGAACGGCACGUUCUUCGGACCAUUCGGCCGCAGGAAAGUGGUCUACUGCGACUACACCGCCUCCGGGAGGUCGUUGCAAUUCCUCGAGGAGUACAUCGCGAAGGAGGUGCUGCCAUGUCUGGGCGACACCCGCGCAUCCACGUCGAUCUGCAGCCUGCAGUCAUCUUUGUUCAGACACGAGGCUCGAGACAUCGUGCGGCACGCGGUUGGGGCAGGCGAGCAGGAUGCGGUGUUGUUCACGGGUCAAGGUACGGCAGCUGCCCUUCGCGCGUUCCUGCGACACCUCGAUCUCACAAAGUCCACGGUGGUGUUCGUGGGCCCGUUCGAGCAUCACGCGAAUUUACGUCCUUGGCGGGAACACGGCGUCAGGAUAAUACGAGUCUCGGAGACCCGCGAGGGCUUCUUAGACCUGAACGAUCUCGAGCGUAGACUGGUCAACGUGCGAGCCGAGGGUGUUACGCAAAUGAUUGGAUGCUUCAGUGCUGCUAGUUGCAUAACCGGGGUUUUGGCAGAUGACGUCGCCACGACCCUUCUGCUGCACCAGUACGGUGCACUUAGCGUCUGGGAUUACACUACAGCAGCCCCGUACGUGCAAAUCGACAUGAAUCCCCAUUUACCGGGCGUCGGCGAGACGGCGGUGCACAAGGACGCGAUCAUAUUCGCCGGGCACAAGUUCAUCGGCGGAGUUCAAUCCCCCGGCGUGCUCGUGACCAAACGGUCCCUGUUGAAGGAUAAAAUUGGCACGGAAGACAUGCGGGACUCCCAUCACUACCAUCGUGAUGUUCAGCUGAAGGAGAACGUCACGCCGCGUGCUAUCGUCGCCCGUCAAGAUAAGAUUUCUAGGCAAGUGCUGGCCCACGUGCGCACGAUUCCGGAACUGAUUCUGCUCGGCAGCGGCUCGCAGAAUGUUAAGAGGCUACCAAUCUUUUCGUUCAUGGUGCGUCACCCGCGGGGCACGUUUCUUCAUCACAACUUCGUGUGCGCCGUUCUGAACGACGUGUUCGGGAUUCAGGCGCGGGGCGGCUGCGCGUGCGCGGGUCGUUACGCUCAUGACCUGAUGGGAAUCGAGCAAGAACUCGCCAAGGAGUACCAGAAAGUGCUCGUAGAGGGCGAGAGAAACACAGAGAACGAGGAGAGUAAUGCGGAGGGAUUGCGGCCAGGCUUCGCGAAACUAUCGUUUCCGUACUUCAUGUCAGAGGCGGAGGUCGCUUUCGCUUUGGAAGCAUUAAAAAUGGUGGCCACAGAGGGCUGGAAAUUGUUGCCGCAGUACGUAUUGAACCCGGACACGGGGGAGUGGCGACAUCACACGAACAGCGUGUUCAAGGAGCGAAAGUGGCUGAGCUCGAUCAGAUACACCGACGGGAAGAUGAACGCGUCCGAGAGGAGGGUGUCGGGGUCAGGUGUUCUUCCGCAGAACUACGGGGAUUGUUUGCAAACCGCGCGAAAUAUUUUCAAUCGGGCCAGGAAAAUGGCUCAGCGAUAUCCCUUGCAGAUCGAUCGUAGCUACAAUUUCGUGUCCGAGCGUAUGGAGGCUUUGCGAUGGUUCAUGCUGCCCAGCGAGGCCCAGGAUCUGUUGCUGGGCAACUCGCAGAACGUGAAGCAAGACGUGCCUUUCAAUCCGAUGCUGUCGUUGAAUCGAGUCGGUCAUAACACCCCGACCACCACGCACGACAGUCUGGUGAACUGUUUGGCCCUGGCGAACAGCAUACGUCGACUAAACAGCGACAUUCCACGAACGGGAAACGUACCGAUCUCGUCCACGUCGCCCAGACAUCGUAGUCUUCCGGCGUUGAGCACGGUCAGGCGGACCCUGCUGAGCGCGGUCGAGUUUCAGACGUCUUACUCGAGCGCUAGCAGCGGAAACGAGGAGGAACGAUCUACGAGCACCGAUCGAAAUCAUCGCGAGAAUAACGAUUCCGCCGGUCAGAGAUCACCGGCCACAUGCCCGAGUUCACCGAUGCCUGUGAGAUUCGCCGUUGGCGAGGUGGUCACGCCUUCGAUCCUCGCCGCGAUGUCACACCCAGGCAACAGGCCAAUUAAAGAGCAACGAGAUCUCAUGGACGUUGCCAACGCUGGUCGUGCCAGGUGCAAUUCACUCGGCAGCACCGGUGGCGGGGAGAACGGUGCUGAGAAUCGCAAGGUGGUGUCCUCGUCCUCCUCCCCUAUACCGCCGCUUCCGUUGAGUCCUCAAACUCUAACCAGUUUAGGAUUGAGCGGGAACAAUCGGGACCCCGCGAAGCCCCGGCGGCAUCAUUGCAGCUGCAGCAGUCAGACCGAGUUGAAUUCACUGGAGCUCGAUAACGGUAGCCCGAGUCACUCGAUCCUCUCCUUGAACUAUCACAACGCGGCCUCACCGCCGUCCUCGUACUCCUCCGUGAGCGACUACACGGAGAAGUUCGUGGGCGGCGGCAGGUCGUCACCGAUCUCCGCGAACGGUGGACAAAGAUCGGAGGACGAUCUGAGCGCGUACGUAAAAGAGGUGACCAAGGAACUCGCGACGGAGAUCAAAUCAGAGAUUCGUGAAGUAAUAUCGAAGGUGGACGAUGCGCUGUCCGAGAGCAACACGUCCGAGAACACGCCGCAGCAUCAUUCGCGGAACAUCAGCGCGAUCAGCCUACUGUCCGCCGAGGACAAACAGAUCAGACACGACUCGUUCACCGCGAGCAAUAUAGCCGAAUAUCUGAUGGAAUUCUCGAAAGAGAUGGCCAGCGAGGUGAAGUCCGAGAUCAGAUGCAUGGUAAACGCAGUGGAUGGGCUACACAGGCACUCUCCGGACGCGUCUGCUUCCGACGUUUCCUCGAGUGGAUGUGGUUCACCCGAUAGAGGGAGGGCCGUACAGUCCUUUACGUCGCCUAGGCUCUCGAGCACCAGACGUAGCGGACCCAUCGAGAUCUCGGGGAAGGUCGGCGAGCUGACGCAGCAGGAGAGCAAAAUGUCCAGCGAAUGUUCGUCCGACGAGACGGUGAUAUAUGUGAUGAAACCGUCGGAGAACGAGCAACUGGUUUGCAAUCAAUCGAAAACCGAUGACGAAGAGGUGGUGCACGAUCUGGACGAUGAUCUGAACGACGACGACACCCACGAGAGAGGCGGUUUGGAGAUCGGUGACACGCGAAAGAUUCUACCGAAAAUCUACUCGGCGGUGAACUCGGUCAGUUCUCAGGACAGCGGGAUCAAUCUAUCCUUCCACGAGAGCGACAAGUCCUUGGACUCGGUCGAUUUGAAGCGCAGUAGCAGCGCGGAAUCGAAUUCCGCGAACAGCUACGGUCGCAAGCCAAGAGCUUCGUCUAUAACCGCUUUGUCGAGUAAAUCGAAUUGCAAGCAACAGGUGCGUCAGACCGACGAUUUCUCGGAGGACGAGGAAUGCUCGAGUGACUUGAAAGAGGUGCCAAAGAGCGUCUGGAAGCCGACAGUGGAGGCCAUGCAAGAGUUCGAUAUGAUUCGUGACAACGAUAGAGUGUUGGUCUGUCUGUCGGCCUCUGGCAACGUCUCUUUGACUUUACUGCACACGUUGCAUCAGUAUAGAUUUUACGCGAGAUCAAAGGGCGUGGACUUCGAGAUCGCAGCGGCCACCGUAGACUCAAACGGAUUGGAUCCGAUCGAGAUGAUGAGCUACCUGAAGUCUUUAGACGUUCCCUAUUUCUACGAGGAGCACAAUCCUGAGUCGAAAUGUAACUCCGGGGAGAAUCAACCGGAGGAGUCGCUGGACGCGAACGGGGCGUGCAGCUUUUGCAAUCGGACGAUAAGAGCGCAACUAUACUCGAUCGCCAAACGACACAAUUACAACGUGCUGGCGAUCGGCCAGCAUCUAGACGAUCUCACCGAGGGUUUCCUCGUCUCGGUGUUUCACGGCGGCAAAUUGAAAACGAUGAAGGCCCACUACUACAUCCGCCGACAGGAUCUCAGGGUCGUCCGACCGUUCGUAUACGUUAGAGAGAAAUCAUUAAGGCAGUUUGCCGAGAGCAAGAAGCUGUUGGCUUCGCGGGAAACCAGGUCGAGCGACCUUCCCGAGAAACAAAAUCGGAGCAAAGAAUUGAUCAUCCAACACGAGCGCACUUAUCCUCGUCUCUCGUGGUCCUUGAGAUCCGCUCUUCGACCGUUGAUAGACGCCCACAGACUGCAAACGGACCUGGACGUCGCAUGCGGGAUCGGCAGCAACACGGGGAACAGUUCGAACAGCUCCAGCGUGAGCAGCAACGGCAACGGGGCCAGUAGCAGCAAUCAGCAGAAAAGGCAGCGACGAUUAAAAACGAAUUCAUUGUCGGCUGGCUCGGGUGUUCAGUGUCAAUCGCAGGAGCAAGAGGAGAACGACGAGACCGAUGAAGAGCCGGUCCUCUGAGGGAGACCCAUCGCGAGAUGGGAUUACAAUCGUUCCUCGAUCUCAUCCUCGCAUCGCCGUCGAAAGCUAGCGUCACACUCGUUUUCCGUCGUCAGGAGAAGGCGACAACGGUACGCCGCUGCCGCAGCAGUCGCCACCGCGAACGUUCAUAAACCGGAGGGAUAAUGUUAAGCGAUCGAUGGGUCAAAGGAUUGCGACGAAUGGAUCGAUGACACUCGAACGAGACACGAAAGAAUAGUCUCGCUUCCAUGCGAUUAAAAUCGCUAGCGGUUCGCACACGU